AUGAAUCCAUCCAACAUUUAUUAUCAACAGCAACAGCAGCAACAAUUAGCUAUGAAUAAACAACAAUUUCAUGAUUCUGGUAUUGUUGAUGAAGGUCUUUCGGAUGAAACCGGUUCAGUAGAAGAUGAAUCAAAUAAUCAUUCAGAUGAAAAUGAUACACCAAAAAAACCAAGUCAGUCUUAUCUUGAAAUAAUCGCUGAAGCAAUUUUAAAAGCACCAACUCGUACAAUGCAAUUAUAUGAAAUUUAUAAUUAUUUUCAACGAAAGUAUCGAUAUUUUGCGGAAGAUGUGAAUAAAUCUUGGAGAAAUAGCGUAAGACAUAAUUUAUCAUUAAAUGAUUGUUUUGUUAAAGCAGGUCGAGGAGUGAAUGGUAAAGGACAUUUUUGGCGUAUUCAUGAAUUAGCUGAACGAGAAUUUGAACAAGGUCGUUUUCGUCGUCGUCGUUAUCGUCAACAAAUGCGACAAUUACAAAUGCAACCAUCACCCUACGAAAGUCAACCAAUGCCAUCAUUCUAUCCUUCAAAUUCAUAUUAUAUGUGCUCACCACCUCCAUCAUAUCAUACAAUCUAUUCGUCAUCUCCAAAUACUCCAUCAGGAAAUCAUCCAAUGAAUUCAAUAGAAUCGUCACCAACAAUGACAAAUUUUCAUAUGAUAUCAUCACCGCCGACAUCUUAUUCAUAUUAUGAUCCAUACUCAACACCUUACUAUCCGAUGGCUUCAUCAUAUGCAAAUUCAAAUGAUUCAGUUCAUUUUGAUGCAUAG